GAUAAGCCUGCAGUUCAAACGGACUGGUCAGCUGGAGUUGCAUGAACAGAACCUGGGCAAUUUCUAAAACUGAGUUUUAAAACUGGCAGCUCUUUUACCAGCCCUGUGGGCUUUUGUGAAGUCCCUCCCUGUCCCAACUUCUUACAGCUGUUCUUGUUUCCUGUGGUAGGAUUUUUUUCAUUCCUUUCAGAGAAGGGAAAUCAAUAUAACCCCUUCUCUAGGAGGAAAGUCGUUAGUCUGAUCUUAAGCAGUGUUAGAAGAUAUAUUUUGAUCCAAACCAGGUAUCUGGGCUGGGUUAAUUCCAGCCUGGGACAAGGGAUCGCUCACAAGAUGUUUUUCCGGUUUGUAUGCUAUCUCGUGGUUGUGUGGCUGAUUCCUGCCUCAGAUGCGGGCCACUGUCCUGACCCUGUGCUGGUGAAUGGUGAAUUCAGUUCCUUGGGGCCUGUGAAUGUGAAUGACAAAAUCACGUUUAAGUGCAAUGAGGACUACAUCCUCAAGGGCAGCAAUUGGAGCCAGUGCCUAGAGGACCACACCUGGAUGCCUCCGUUUCCCAUCUGCAAAAGCAGACACUGUGGCCAUCCCGGGUAUCCAGCUCAUGGCUGUUUUAAAGGAGAAGACUUCACCUCAGGAUCUACCAUAACUUACUACUGUCAAGAGAAGUACCACUUAGUGGGCACACGGGACCAACAGUGCGUUGACGGGGAGUGGAGCAGCCCGCUUCCAGUCUGUGAGUUGAUCCAAGAAGCUUCCAAACCAGCUCCACAGACCGAGUGCGAGAAGGCACUUGAGAGUGAGGAAUUUUGUAAAGCCAUAAAGAGCUAUAUGCAAAGAUUACAGGAAAACGGCUUAACAAUGGAGGAUCUAAAAUAUUCUCUGGAAAUGAAGAAAGCUGAGUUGAAGGCAAAAAUGUUGCCCUGACAUUGUAGCUAAACCGACUGGGUAAUUGAAAUACACCUUUGAAUAAAUUUUUCUCUUGGUUCUGAAA